ACAAGGUCCAGACAAAGAUCCCCAUGGCUCUUGCUCAUUCACAAACAUGGUGUAAUCAUAUGCAUGUUAUUGUUCUGUAAUACAUUUUUCAUUGGUUUUAUUUCCAGGAAAAUCCAUUUCCAAAGAAAAAAUGGGAAACGUGUGCUGUUGUUGGGAACUCAGGGAUUCUGACAAACAGCAGCUGUGGAGAGAUGAUCGAUUCGGCUGAGUUAGUUAUCAGGUGCAACCUACCUUCUUUGGGAAAAGGCUAUGAGAAACAUGUGGGCACCAAGACUGACCUUGUGACAGCCAACCCAAGCAUUAUGCUGAAGGAGUAUGGAGGUCUAAUGGGACCACGCCGUCCAUUUGUGGAGAGUCUACAUAGCUACGGCAAAUCCAUGAUGGUUCUUUCCCCCUUCUCCUAUGCACACACCACUCCGGUGUGCCUGAGGGCAGUCUACAGCAUUAGGGACUUUGAAAGUCCCAUUCAGCCCAUGUUCUUCAACCCUGAUUACUUCCGGAGUCUGGCCCUGUUCUGGCGCUCCAGAGGUCUACGCAGAGGCCUACUCCGCACCGGCUUAGUGAUGGUUAACAUAGCGCUGGAACAAUGUGCCAACGUGCAUCUGUACGGUUUCUGGCCCUUCAGUAAUCACCCAUUUGAACUCAAUGCGGUGAAUAACCACUACUACGAUGAUAAAAAAGCUGCAUGGACUGUCCACUUUAUGCCUGCUGAGUUUGACCUCUUGCUGCGGCUGCACAGUCAAGGUGUGAUCAGGCUUCACCUGGGGAACUGUCGACCGGGUAAAAAUGAGUUCCCAGGUCCAGAGAUAGAGGAGACUGGGCAUCUGAAGAAUCGGGACAUUUCCUGGUGGGCUGAGGGUUCAUCUCAGAAUUUGUCUCUAAACUAUGCCUUUUCAAUCCAAUCCACUCACUCUCCCCCCAUAUCAGUUCCUAGACCCUCUGAAAAGAGGGCUAAACCGGAAGGUGCAAUAGAAUAUAUUUUCACUUGCACCAAUUCAUACAUUUGAUAAAUAAUUAGGAUCUCAACUUUGAUAAAAAAAUCCUUAGUAUUGUCAUUUUGGCCAUAAUAAUAGUCAAAAUCAUCUUUUACUUUUUCCAGCAAAAUUGCAAGGAAAUGGUUAUUCAAAAUAUGACUUUCAGUCAUGGAAAGUUUUUGAUAUUUGAAAAGAUGUGUGUUUAUUGACACAUUAUGAGAUGUAAAGGAAUUCCAGUUAGAUACAAAUACAUAAAUAUGUAAUAUUCACUCUGAAAUGUUGUGAUGGAAU